GUAAUUGUUGAAGGUCCUUUUUAUAGUUUGAUCAACCACUUCGUAAAUCUUCUUCAAAUACUAUAUUCGCUUUUCCCAUGAGUGGAGUGCCCUCGUGUACGUGGUGAAUCUCAUGUUCAGCGUCUUGACCCGAAUAAGGCUUGGUAUAGUGGCAGGCAGUUAUGUGUUGCCCCGGGUAGUAAGGCCAAUUACGCCCGGGGCCUUGUGGCUUGGGAUAAAGUGGUGGGGUGUCGGUACCACUUGGGUGAUGAUAGUCCUUUUUUGUUUUGUUGCUGUUGUUGUUUGGCGUUUGGUCGUAUUCUCCUUUUUUGUUUUUCUUUUUGUAGGAAUAGUGGACUGUAAAUUAUGUGGGAAUAGGUCGUAGUCACUGCCGGCAGUAACCCGUUGCCUACACCAGGCGGAAAGGAAGAUGUAGCCGUUCCGUCCAUUGUUUUUUUUUGUCGUUGUUGUCGAGACUGGUUGUCGGUAUUGGUUGU